AUGUUUAACCUAAAGUUUGAUCUAAGUAAGCUCAAGAUUAACGUUAAGCUUGUUAGUGACUUACUAUUGCUAACUGGAGCUAGUUUAUCCGUCUAUUACUUGCUAAACGCUAUAAUAAAUGAGUAUCUUGACAAGAGUAUCAAGAACAAAGAAUCCGACAAGAAAGGCAAGGGGAUUUUAAAGAAGAUACAAAACACCAAUCCACAUCUAAAGAAUAUUUCGCUCAACCAAUAUGAAAAGACGUUGUUGAGCUCACUCGUAACACCAGAGGAGAUUUCAGUUUCUUUUGGAGAUAUCGGUGGGUUACAGGAAACCAUUGACGAACUAAGAGAAGCAGUGAUGUUACCAUUGACCGAUCCAGAGUUAUUUGCAGUCCAUCUGAAUUUGAUAAAGUCACCUAAAGGUGUACUCUUUUAUGGCCCACCAGGUUGUGGGAAGACGAUGCUUGCUAAGGCAAUUGCAAAGGAAAGUGGCGCAUUCUUUUUGUCAAUUAGAAUGUCAACUGUUAUGGAUAAGUGGUAUGGAGAAUCAAAUAAAAUUGUCGACGCCAUCUUUUCAUUGGCAAAUAAGUUACAACCAUGUAUUAUUUUCAUUGAUGAAAUAGAUUCAUUUUUAAGAGAUAGAUCGUCAAGUGAUCACGAAGUUAGUGCAAUGUUGAAAGCUGAAUUUAUGACCUUAUGGGAUGGUUUGAAAUCUAAUGGACAAAUAAUGGUUUUAGGAGCAACUAAUAGAAAAACAGAUAUUGAUGAAGCCUUCUUAAGAAGAAUGCCAAAGACGUUUGCAAUUGGUAAACCUGACACUUCACAAAGAAGAUCAAUUUUAACAAAGAUAUUAAAAGAUGCUAAAGUUGAUAAGCAAGAAUUUGAUUUGGAACUGAUAGUAGAAAGAACUAGAGGGUAUAGUGGGUCUGAUUUGAGGGAAUUAUGCAGAGAAGCUGCAUUGUUACCGGUUAGGGAAUACAUUAAAGAAAAUUACAAUUACAAGAGUGGAAAAUUGAGUCGAGAUGAAAAUGACGAUUUACCUGUUAGGGCGUUGAAAACGUCUGAUUUUUAUAGAAUUAUAUCCACACCAGCCACUGGGACCAUACCAAGUUUGGCACUUGAUUAG